GGAUAUGAAAAAACGAAUCUGAAAAGAAACGGCACGUCCGUCAACAACUGAGAUCCGUCGUUGUUGCUCUGCUCGGAAUGAAAGCAAUCACUGUGCUAACCAAGUAGAACUUGAACCCGCCGCAUUUCUUAUAAUCGAGGAUUUAUCUCUGCUACAAUGGAAAAGUCCCUGGAGAAACAAAUGGAAGAAGCCUUCCGGAUUCCAGGCAUAUCUGGAGUUAUGUGUGUGGACAAAAAUGGACUGCUUCUUGGAGGCAAAGGCAAUGUACCGCGACAUGCAAGUGGGUCACUGAGUGCACUGACCAACCAGGCCUCACGGCUUUCACCAGGGAAUCCCUCAUCGAGUCCUGUAAUUUGUUUGGAGUCUGAAGCAGGGUCAGUGCUUGUCAAGAAAACAGAUAACCUCACAACUGCAAUGUUCAAGACCUCAUGAUUCCUUUCCAUCCAGUGUACUGUUUUUGAUCGAAUAUAUCUGAGGGUUUGUCAUAUAUGAAGAACAAAGAUGCUUGUGGUGAAGAGGUUUUCGGGAAUUUUUUGUGUUGCAGUUACAGAUUCAGUUUUUCAUAACCCGCUGUACUGAUCUUUCAAGAUGAAUUUAGUAUUAAUAAGUUUAUGUUUUGUUCAUGUCAGAAAGGAAAAAAAAGUUUAAGCCUACAUUUGAAAUAUUCAAUUAUUUGAUUUGUGUGUGAGGUAUGAGUGCAUGUUUUUCUUGUCGGUGCUUGAUGAGUCCAGCUAUUUUAUUCAGGGCGAUUGGUUGUAAAUACUGGGAAGUGGUUCAGAUAAAAAAAAAGAAGUUAUCAAAAUUACAUCAUGAUAAUGACCUCAAGCCCUGCUUUAAUGUACUUUAAAGUUUAUAUUCGCCAUGAAUGACAAGCCUAUGAUUAUGGUGUUUGGAUUACAAUACAAGUAUUGUCAAUUGA